UGGAGAUAGAGGGCAGAUCGCACACUUCGGGACAGCGGUGCCCCUGAGCACUUCUGGAAUCCAAGCUCCUGUCACAGAGGGAGAAACAGAGCAGACAGCAGACGCCAUGGAGUCCCUGUCAGCCCCUGCCCACAGAGGGCGUGUCCCCCUGCAGGGGCUCCUGCUGGCUGUCUCACUGUUAACCUUCUGGAGCCCGCCCAGCACUGCCCGACUCACUGUUGCAUCAACCAAUGCUGCUGAAGGGAAGGAUGUGCUUCUCCUUGUUCUCAAUCUGCCUGAGAGUCUCCUCACCUAUAACUGGUUCAGAGGGAAAAGUGCGAACAGCAGCCGUGGAAUUGGAGCAUUUGUAACACAGACUCAAAAAUUUACCCCCGGGCCUGCACACAGUGGUCGAGAGACAAUAUACCCCAAUGGAUCCCUGCUGUUCCAGAAGGUCACCCUGAACGACACAGGAUACUACACCAUAGCUAUCAUAAAAAAGGAUGGGCUGACUGAAGAAGCAACCGGACAGCUCCGCGUGUACCCACCGUUACCCAAACCCAACAUCACAAGCAACAACUCCAACCCUGAGGAGCACAAGGACCCUGUCCUGUUAACGUGUGAACCCGAGACUCAGGACACCACCUACCUGUGGUUGAUCAACAGCCAGAGCCUCCAGGACAGCACCAGGCUGGAGCUGUCCAAGGACAACAGGACUCUCACUUUGCUCCAUGUCACGAGGACUGACACAGGACCCUAUGAGUGUGAAACCCGGAACCCAGUGAGUGCUGGCCGCAGUGACCCCUUCACCCUGAAUGUUCUCUAUGGCCCAGAUGCCCCCUCCAUUUCCCCCUUGGACUCCCAUUACCUACCAGGGGCAAACCUCAACCUCUCCUGCCACGCAGCCUCUAACCCACCUGCACAGUAUUCUUGGCUUAUCAAUGGGAGACCCCAGCAACCCGCACAGGAGCUCUUUAUCCCCAGCAUCACUGCAAAUGACAGUGGAUCCUAUGCUUGCAUCGCCCAUAACUCUGUCACUGGCUAUAACAGGACCACAGUCAAGAAUAUCACAGUGUCUGAUGUUUCAACAUCACCAAAUCCUGGCCUCUCAGGUGGGGCCAUUGCCGGCAUCGUGAUUGGGGUUCUGGCGGUGGUAGCUCUGACAGCAGCCCUGGUAUACUUUCUGUAUAUCAGGAAGACUGGAGGGGCAAGCGACCAGCACGAUGUCACAGAGCACAAACCCUCAACCUCCAACCACAGUCAGGGCCAUUCUGAGAACUCACCUAACAAGAUCCAUGAAAUUACAUAUUCUUCCCUGAACUUCAAUGCCCAGGAAGCAAAGAAACCAACUUCAGCCUCCCCAUCCCCAGUAGCCACAGAAAUGAUUUAUUCAGAAGUGAAAAAGAAGUAAUGCAACCUGCCCUGCUCGAAGCACUGCUGGCUUAUUCCAAGCUUCUCAUCCCCAUACCAGGAUAUCCCUUUACUCUCAGGAAAAAGAAGAAGCCUCUUUCCCCACUCCCCUUUCACUUCCUCUUGCUGCACCUCCAGGCUCCUCGUCACAGCCCCUCCCUUCCGUGUUUACAGACGAAAAAGCACAUCCCUGGAUCUGUAGGAAGCCCAGCCUUCACUGUCAUUGAAACUUGGCAAAGCAGACCUUGGGGGAGAGUUGCCAGAAUCUCCUGCCUCACCCCCUUUUCUGACCUAGACUUGUUCUACACUUACCUAUUCAGCGCACACUCAUUCCUUUUCCGCCUUAGCCCUGUCCUGUUGCCCAUAACCUUGAGAGUUAUGUCCUUAUCCACUAAAAUGCAUGUGCCACAGAAGAGAAAAUGUAGAAGCUUCUCUUCUCUCUCCAAAACCCAGCGUGAACCCACUACACACAGGAAAACAAAUGUGUAACCAGUUCUCAAUAGAAAAAGUCUGUACCUUUGCCUGCUGUCAGGGUGUCUACCAGUAGGACCUGAGCCCAAACACCUUGCUGCUUGGCUAGAAUACCACCCAAGUCCUUUGGCAAGCCUGUCUUCAGAGAACUCACCAAAAAAAUGCAUGUAUGUUUUAGUAACUUCAAGUGUUUUUAUUCAAGGAAAUGUCUACAGAAGGAGGAGGCUGCAGUUUUAGGGGGCAGUCAGCUCCUAAUAGAGAUGAUCUGCUGCAAAUUUCAGAAAGGAAUCAGAGUUUCCUUUCAGAGAUUAUUUAAAUAAUUAUAAGGAAUGUACAAUUUGGGGUAUUGAGGCUUUUCCUGUUUCUCUGAAACAUUGCACCAUUUUAAUUUUUAUAACUUCUUAUUUAUGUGAAAGGGGUUAUUUUUACUUGGCUUUGCUGUGUAAACCAACCUGAGGGCCUUAAGGUGAAAGAAGCCACCAGAAUCCCUGGGGACCCCUUGGCCAGGAGCUCCUCGAGGCUGCUACUUCAGGGGCUCCAGACAAAAAGCAGAAUCAGUUUCCUCAUUCUCGGCUAGAAACAGGUCUGUCAGUUUCCAGGCAUCUCAGGCCGAUCAUUGACCACCAUUCCAUCCCAUGUUCCUUCCUGUGCAUGUUCUGUCACUUUCUCAGGGAACCCUGGCCUCAACCUACCCUGCGGAGGUACACUUGGACCUGGAGGAGAGGGCACCCUGAUGCAAGCACUGUCACUCACACUGUUGACACUGCUUACAACCCAGAGAGCUGCCCUGGUGCUGACGCCCCCAAGGACACAGGGGAGGAUCACACUGGGCCCCAGUCUCCUUGAGCAGCCUCUGAAAUCUGUUUCCUCCCAUGGGAAAAAUGUGCCAGAAUAAAAAGGAAGAAUGGGGAGAGGCAGACGUACUGCCCUCCCAGACUUCCACACUUGUGACUCUCUCUGAGGCUGUUGAGAGAAUGAAUUUCUUUGAUAUGGAUUACUCAGGCCCCUCAGAGAGGGUUAGGUGGAGUUCUCUGUACCCAGGUACCUCUUUCAGGGCUAACCCCGACACAGACCACAUGUACGUCCCCUCAUCCAUGAUAUUCUGUGUUAUUUAAACUUUGCCUGGCUAAGGCCACUUUCAAAUUAUUUGUGAAAUUUGUUUUCUAUUUAUAAUAAAAAUUAUAUAUCAGACAUCAA